AUUGUUAUUCAGACUUUUGUUUAAUUAUUUUGCUAAUCAUUUAUAUUUAUAUCGUAUGGAUUGAGAAAUUAAUGUUUAAAUUUAAUAAGAGAUGAUUGAUUGAUUAAUUAAUUACCUUUAUUAACAAUGCCUGACAUAAAUAUAAAUGGAGUUAUGGUCAAUUUUCCUUUUGAACCUUAUGAGGUGCAAAAGGUAUUUAUGUCUAAAGUACUUGAAUGUUUACAAAAUAGGAAGCAUGGAGUACUUGAAUCACCAACAGGAACUGGAAAAACUCUUUGUCUUUUAUGUUCAUCCUUAAGUUGGUUGAUGACAAGAAAAGCUCAGGUACAAGCACAAGCUCUUUCAGGAGCAAUAGAAUCAUCAGAAUUUGGAGGAAAAUUUUUUGAAAGAUUAAAAAAUGACUUGGCAAAUGCAGCCGGUACUCCUUCAGAUGCUGGAGCAAAUAGUGCUUUAUUCAAUUGGGCAAUGCCUAAAAUUAUUUAUGCAUCUCGAACCCAUUCACAGUUGUCACAAGUAAUGCAAGAAUUAAAACGGACUGCAUACAAACAUCUUAAAGUGGCAGUCAUUGGAUCUAGAGAUCAACUUUGUAUUCAUCCAGAAGUAUCUAAAGAGCAAAAUUCUGCUGAUAAAAUACACCUUUGUCAACUUAAAGUGCGAUCAAGGACUUGUUUGUAUCACAAUAAUGUUGAACUAAGAAAAGAUGAUCCUGUAUUUAAAGAUAAAAUUUGUGAUAUUGAAGACCUUGUGAAGGCUGGAAAUAAAAUGAAAUGUUGUCCUUAUUUUAUGGCUAAAGAAUUAAAACAAAGUGCAGAUAUCACUUUUAUGCCUUACAAUUAUCUCUUAGAUCCAAAAACAAGAAGAUCUCAAGGAAUAGAUUUACAAAAUCAUGUUAUUUUACUCGACGAAGCUCAUAAUGUUGAAAAAACAUGUGAAGAUGCAGCUUCUCUUGAUCUCAGCAGCACUGAUAUUGCACUGUGCAUUGACGAAAUAACAGCAGUAAUGAAGCGUAUCGCUGACGAAUCUACAAAAGGUGAAGAUGGCGAUUUUAAUUUUGAAGACGGAUUCAACGGAGAAGCUCAAAAAGAUUUUACUGCAGAAGAUUUAUGUAUAUUAAAAAGUAUGUUUUUAUCAUUGGAAAAAGCAAUUGAUGAAAUUACUUUAAGUAAACCCGAAGGAGAUACAUUUCCUGGGAAUUAUAUAUUUGAGUUAUUACAGAAAGCAGAGUUGACACGAGGAAAAGAGGUGUUAGUUGCUGAUAAACUAGAUAAAAUCGUUUUAUGGCUUUCGACAUCAUCUACAUCACCCUUUGCACGUACGGGUCGAGCUUUACAGAAGUUCAGUGAUUUUUUGCGAACUGUAUUUAGCACAAAAUCUAAUACUGUCAAACUUUACAAUGAAGUAAAAGAUUGUUAUAAAGUUUAUAUUAGUUUAGAAAAUACGUCGAAAAAUAGUAGAUCUGAUGGAUGGAAUACAAAAAAAGUUACCAAAAAGUCUGAUGGAAAAAUAAUCAAUUAUUGGUGCUUCAGUCCUGGUUUCGGAAUGCGUCAAUUAAUUGAUCUUGGAGUGCAUUCAAUUAUUUUAACAAGUGGAACGCUGUCACCAUUGAAGCCAUUUAUAUCUGAGCUUGGAAUUCCUAUUGAUGUACAGCUAGAAAAUCCACAUAUUGUCAAAAGCUCACAGAUUUGUGUUGGUAUUUUAAAUCAAGGUCCCGAUGGUCAUCAACUCAACUGUUCAUAUAAUACUCGAAGUGAUCCAAAAUAUAUCGCAAGCUUAGGUCGAACGGUUUAUAAUUUCAGCUGUAUGAUUCCCGAUGGUCUUCUCGUUUUCUUUCCUUCCUAUCCAAUUAUGAAAAAGUGUCGAGAUGAUUGGCAAAAUUCAGGACUAUGGUCAACAAUCGCUCAAAAAAAGACUAUCUUUGUUGAGCCCCAGACCAAAGAUGGCUUUAACAAUGUAAUUAAUGAAUUUUAUGAAAAAAUACGAGAUCCACAAUCUCGAGGUGCUAUUUUUUUGGCAGUUUGUCGUGGAAAAGUCAGCGAAGGCUUAGAUUUUGCUAAUGCUAAUGGUCGAGCUGUACUGAUAAUUGGAUUGCCUUAUCCACCGAUGAUGGAUCCUAGAGUAAUGUUGAAGCAAAAAUAUCUUGAUGAAAUACGACUAAAAGAUAAAACUGCUCUUGCGGGAAAUCAAUGGUAUCAAUUGGAGGCAUCUCGUGCUGUGAAUCAAGCUAUUGGUCGCAUCAUCCGACAUGUAAAUGAUUAUGGAGCUAUAAUUUUAUGUGAUUGCCGCUUUAACAAUGCUGCAUUUAAAAGUCAAUUAUCUGCAUGGCUUCGACCCUAUAUAAAAAAUUUUUCCAAUUUUGGAAAUGUUACAAAAGAACUUCGUGAUUUUUUCAAAAAUAUCGCUGUUAAUUUUCCACAUUUGGCCGUACCUACUGAUCAACGAUUGCCUUCCAUUAAUUAUGGUGAAUCUGAUCAAGGAUUUAAAGGAGACGUAAGAGUUUUAGAGACUCAAUCUUUGAAAAAAUUAAAAACAGAAUCCGAUUUCCAAGAGAAUUUUGACAUAAACUCCUAUAAACAAUCAAAUAAUACAUCUAGUGAUCCUGAUAAAAUAAAUUCAAGUCAAUCUGCUAAUGUUGCAGGUUCUAGUAAAUCAACAAUAAAUUUUGUGACUACCAAAGUGCAAGGAAAUUGGAGUAAAACAAUUGAAACUAGAUCACAUCAAGUAACUAAGCAAAGUUCUGAUGAACCUGCAUUAAAAAAACGAAAAUUAAAAAUUCAACCAAUUAAUAUAAAAUAUAGUCCUGAAGAUUUAAAUGAUUUUGUUGACAAUAUUUCAGAUUCUACUAAUGUUAAUAUAAGUAGCUCUUCUGCUAAUGAUGAGCCAACGAAAAGUUCUAUUAAUGACAGUAAUCAAGACAAAAAGAAAAUAGGAGAAACUUAUUUGAAAGCAGUCAAAAAAUCAUUAUCAAAAGAAAAUUUCAAAAUUUUUGCACAAAUGAUUGAUGCUUAUAAAAAGAAAGGAGAUUUCGAUCAAUUAAUUAAAACUUUAGAGAUAAUUUUUUUAAAAAAUACCGGUGUUGAACACUUAUUUUUAGGUUUCAAAACUUUUUUAAAGAAACAACAUAUUGAUCAAUUUGAUGAAUAUGCAAAAAAAUCAAAUAAAAAUACUAAGUCUUCAACUAUCUCAACGUGAUAUAGAAUAAAUGUUAUUCAUAAUA